CUUCUAAAUGCCGAGUGUUUGGAGAAGGAACAAUCACUACCUAUUAGGUUUGACGCGGUUAUGGCACGAGCGGGGCUCGAACUCACGACCUCCCGGUUUAGAACCGAACGCUCCACCACUGGGCUACCGCGAUCGGUGUUGGCGUGUGAAGCAGCACCGAAUAAUGCCGACUGCGUUUACGGAAAUGUUUGUCAAAGGCAGAAUAAAGAUACUGGAGACGAACGAGUCAUUCUACAGUAUCAUUAUGAUUUGUUAAUUAACUACAGUGUAAAAUGUUUAAGAAUAUCGUGGUCCGAUCAUAUCGCUUGGAAUCUUUUAUUUGUGUUUUACUGAAACAUGUACAUGCAGAGAGUGAUCACUCGUGGCCAUGGUAACCAUUCCUUGGUACAUGAUCAUGCAGGAGCACGGUAUAGGAUGGAACAGUUAGUGAAACAACAAAACCAGGAAAUGCGCGGGAAAAAAUACAUGCGUCAGCCUUCUCAACCAAAAGUCCUAUAUAAGGAAUUCAGUCGACCAGUGCGGGCGGCUAACUAUUUAGAAAACCGUUUGAUGAUGGAACGGAUAGCAAAAGCUGCACAUUUUAGCAAACGCAAUCAAUUCAAAUAUGACCGUGAGCUAGACGACCUCCAUCAACUCGAAAAAACAUUGACUGUUAAAUCUCUUGAUUUUGACGGUGAAGAAUUUCACAGGAAUCACGAAAAACGACGUCACUUCCCGUUCAUUAGCGUUCCCACGGUAGAGGAUGUUCUUAACCGAGUUCCUAACAACUGUGUCCUGGAGUUCGGUCCUGGGAACCAGAUCAUCAAUAAAAACCCCAAAAGCAGAAGGCAAGAUUUCGUCCAACAAUUGGGAAACGAUAGGAAACAUUUGACGAGGCAUGGGAGACAGAAAAAUGAAGUUCAUUCUAAGUAUACUAAGUAUUUCAGGUCUCAAUCAGCUUGUCAUCGGUCAACCAAAACUAAAUCCAUUCAUCAGCGUCGUCCCAACACUAGCAGAAUCCACACAGUGCGGGAACCGGAAGCACCUCGGGAUUUUUCUCCCAGAAGCCAGACAUUAAAUAGACUGACCGUGAAUGUAACGUCUGCUAAUCGUCCAAUGUCGAAUGUAUCGCGAGGUAGACAAAGUGAUGUUCCGGAACCAGAUUAUGUCGCAAACGAGUGUGACGUGGUCAGUGAAGAUGGACACAAGUCGAAAUCGUACCGGACUCUGAAGGAGAUGUACACCUAUAAGGAGGACAAUGAACCGCCAAUACCGGACAAGAAAAUCGAGUCUUUGAAGAGAAUGAAAGCAAAGGAAAAAAUUACAUUUCAACAUUUAGAUAAUCGUGUGAAGGCGUUUUCGAAAAAGUUAUUCAAAACAAAGAAUGUAUUAUGAAGGACUGUGUGCGGAUUGUGACGUCAUUAGGGUGUUAUGUUGAUGGGAUCAGACUUACUCUAUCAUGCUUUUUUAGCUACACGGGUCAUGGAUUAAUAUCUAGUGGAAAAUGAACAACUUCUUCGUGGUCAGAAGCAAUGUUGUUAACAUUUUAUGGUGUCCGUUUCUUAUAUAUAUAUAUAUAUAUAUAUGAAUAAAUCGACAAAUUCUUGGUAAGUGGGGGUGAACAGGUUAAAAGAUUUAAUGGGGGUUAGGGGAGGAGGGAAAUGGUGGGUGUGGUGGUUGGGAAGAGAGGAGAAGAAUAUGAGGAAUGUAGGAGAGAGAGAGAGAGAGAGACUCUUAUGUAUCUAAAAAUAAAGCUGAAUAUUGAAUAACAAUUUCUUGAAAAAAUGAUUGCCA